AAAUCAAAAAGGGAAAAUCUUCAUCGAACAAUUGGACACAAUUCAGCUUACCACUUGCAAACUGUUAUUUUUCCUAAUCGCAGUCCUACUCUCUUUCUAUAUCACUCUCUUCGUUUUCGAGUCGCCGUCUCUGUGGCAACGUAUCUCAUAAUGACAAUGUACGAGAGCCAAGAAGAACUCGAUAACCUUGUCUGGGACAAGAAUGACGAGGACUCCGAUAAGGCACAGAAAGAAAUGCGACUCAAAACCACCUGUCGCAAAGUGGAAGAACUAGUGGAGGAAAAAUUUGGGAAAUCUGCAACCUUGAUAUCGCCUUUGAUCUUCGGUGGCUUCAACAUCCUCUACAGGAUACGCCUCGAAGGGACGUCUCCAGAUAUCAUGGUUCGACUACCUUGCCCGAGCCUUGUUCAGUUUCCAGAUGAGAAAACUAUCCAUGAGGCAGCCACAGCAGCUUUUAUUGCGAAACAGACACGGCUGCCUAUCCCCCGACACCUUUUCUAUGGCGAGGACUCACCAGUCGGCCCUUUCGUGAUCAUGGAACGCGUUGAGAAUUGCGGGAGCGUUUCAGCGAGGCUGACCCGACCCAGCGAGGACUCUUCAGCGCCUCACGUUCUGGAUCCCAACGUUUCCGAGUCCACGCUAGAGGCUAUCUGGGGCAAGAUAGCACACUGUCUGCUGCAGCUUUGCCGGAUAACCUUCCCAAGGAUUGGGUCUUUGGUCGAGGCCAAUGACGGCACCUGUGAGGUGGCUAGUAGGCCGAUAACCCAUAACAUGACCGACAUGGUUCGACUCGCGAAUAUUCCUCUCAGAGUUCUCCCACCACGGGGGAAGACGUAUCGGACUGCAGACGAAUGGUAUACAGCAUUGGCAGAUAUGCAUAUCGCACAACUCAUCUUCCAACAUAAUGACCUAGUCACUUCCGAGGACGAUUGCCGAAACAAGUUCGUGGCACGCCAAAUCUUCCGCAGAUUGGCGAGACAAGGUCGGCUCUCUAUUUUCGGAUUCGCCGAGGACAACUGGUCCGCCCAGUCAUCCAAGAUUCCAGCUUCCACGCUCUCCCCUGCCCCUUCCGUCUCUGACGCUUUCAGACUCUGGGGCGACGAUUUUCGAGCAGGAAACAUACUCCUCGCCGACUCUGAUGAGAUCGCUGCCCUUAUAGACUGGGAAUAUACAUAUGUUGGGCCUACGCAGUUUAUCCUUGACCCUCCAUGGUGGCUUCUUAUCGAGACGGCUGAGAUGUGGUCCUCCGGCAUCGACGAAUGGAGAGAAACAUACGACGUGCGCUUGAAGACGUGGCUCUCUGCUAUGGAAAAAGCAGAAGCAGAAAUGACAGAGCCGAAUCUUCUACCGGCACAUUUGUCCACGUAUAUGCGAGAAAGCUGGAAAACGGGGAGAUUUUUCCUCAGCUAUGCGGCCAGGAAAAGUUGGGCGUUUGACACUAUGUACUGGAAAUUUCUGGACGAGAGAUUUUUUGGCGAUCGCGAAAGUGGCAUUCUUAAGAAUGAUCUGUGGAAGACGAGAGUUAACCUAUUGAGUGAGGAAGAGAGAGCAGCAAUGGAGCCGUUUGUGGGGAGAAAGAUGACCGAGUCCAAGGAAAGGCGCAUUGUCAACUGGGAUCCGACCGAAGCCAGACAGCGGUUAUCUGAACUCUUGUUUGAUUGAGAAUAGAGUUAGAAUAUUUCCCUCACAAAAAAUCGGCAUUUUCAAUUUAAAUACACGACAAUGUGAAGC